UCGAAUGACUGUUUUAUGGCGUCGGGUUUUGUCGAUUCGAGUAUUUAAUAGCUUGCAUAGAAUGAUAAGUACGGUAUAUAUGCAACUUGUAAGCUCAAUUAGCAGGGAGGCCCUUGGACUACAGAUCCCGGGACCCCCCAGGCCCCAACUCCUCCCUUCACAAUUCUCAGGAAAGAAGAAUGAGGAGAGCUGCAUCUCAACCGCUGCUGAGACAUGUUCAAGAAGCCAUCGACGACGAGGAUGAAGAGGAUGGACUGGAUUCGAGAAUCAGCGGCCGAGCAUUCAUAGAUAUUGAGUCCAUUGCAAAGCAAGUCUCCUGUAUCUCACUCCACCGACGAGAUCCCAGAAGACCAAGAGGAAAAUAUGGGUCAUGGAAGCAGGGGCAGAGAGCAGGAGCAGCAAGGCUCAAGAAACAGCUGAAAUCGAGAUGGGCAAUUCAGAAACUCAUCGACGAACAGCUCGGACAAUUCCAGGCUCAUUACAGCCGGGCAAUGGCCCCGACGAGGAUGGCCGAUGUGGCCCAAAUUCUAAUGCCCAAGUGGAUUCCACCCCAUGAACUGGCGGCCGUGUCUUGGCUCGGAGACUGGCGGCCGUCCACCGUACUCGAACUCCUCCGCUCGUUGUUCCACUUUCUGUGGGACCCUGUCGGGAUCGAACUCACCCUCUCCCAGCUGAUCAACGAUAUCCGAAUCGAAGAAGCCGUGAUCGACGAGGAGAUGACUGAGAUCCAGUCCAAUUGUAUCCUUAACCUGCCGUUCGGUCCUCGGAAAAGCGACGACGUUGUCGUCGCCCCCCCUCUCGCCCAGGUCAUGUCCGAGUACAAGAAAAUACACGGCGUCAUCGUUAAAGCCCAAAACCUUAGGAUGAAGGCGCUGGAGUUGGCGGUGAGGAAGGUGCUGAGCCAGACGGAUGCCGCUGAAUUCCUUGUUGCAUUGGUCGGAAUUCAAGACGCCGUUCACGAGUUUUCGAUGAAGUGUAAAGCCCGGUCGGGUACCGUCUUGAUCAAGGACCCGGGAUUACAGAGCCCUCGCAAGACGGAGUAUAGAAGUUAGCCCGGCUAUAGUAUUGUUGUUGUUGAAGAUGUUUAGAAGAAUGUACUGUAAUAACACUCUAAAGCACAGCACAAUUCAAUUGGCAAUGAAAUUUGGCUCUUUCCAAGGAUAGUUAAUUAAUAGCAUUGUCCUGACAA